ACUGGAGGCCAUGUACUGGAGGCCAUGAACUGGAGGCCAUGUACUUACGCUGAUCACCUGAGAUGUUCUUAUGCAAUGUUGUGCCUUUCUCUCUGUUCCUCACACAGUGAACACUUACCUAUCCUCCACUUACCUAUCCUCCACUUACCUAUCCUCCGGAACCUGUUAGAUGAGUGACAUUUCUAUAUCUCUCCGUCUCCCCAUCUAGGUCUGUGAAGGAUCACUGGGCAGAUCUGAUGGAGCUGGAGGAUUAUCGGAUAGAAUUCAUCAGUGAAUGGAGGAAGUGGAGUCUGGACGUGGUCCUCUGCCCAAUGUUGGGUCCAGCUUUCAACACAGGCUACCCGGGACAGUUCCUUGCCCCGCUCUCCUACACCAUACUCUACAACAUUCUGCAUUUUCCGGCUGGAGUCGUCCCUGUUGGUUCCGUCACCGCAGAAGAUGAAGAGAAGCUGAAGCUUUACAGAGGCUACAGCAACGACCCCUGGGACAAGCUCUUCAAGAAAGCUGUCAAAGAUGGGGUGGGUCUGCCCCUGUCUGUCCAGUGUGCCGCGCUCCCCUACCAAGACGAGCUCUGCCUGCGCCUCAUGAAGGAAAUUGAGACCCUCAGCAGUCACCAUCACUAGAGGGGGACGCGGACACCUGCGGAAGGGUGAAAGGGUCCGAACCAUAGAGAAUCGGCAGACCACCAAUGUGACAGGUGGCGGGAGUAGGGAUGGCUUCUCCUGCUCCAGUCUGUCUGGGAGGGGUUAAUAAAUAGAGUGGUGGGGGUAAUAAAUACAGUGGUGGGGGUAAUAUACUGGGGUGAUAUAUAACAGGUGGUGGCGGUGAUAAAUACAGCGGUGGGGGUAAUAUACCAGGGUGAUAUAUAACAGGUGGGGGGUAAUAAAUACAGUGGUGGGGGUAAUAUACCGGGGUGAUAUAU